ACAGUGCGUAGGUGAAGCAAGAUAUUUAUUAUUAGGAUAACCUUUCUUCAUUUUACCAAAUGGAGAUUCUCUUUUUGUGAUACGGAGAAAAAAGGUUAAUGUGCAGCAAGUCUGUCCCAAGUUAGGUCUGAAAUUAAGUCUACAGGCCGUCAAUUCCACUGAUGAGCCAACUUGUUCAUUGUCGUCUGUUAGGCGAGAUACAAUUGCUUCAGUCUCCAGCGCAAAUAUAGUGAAUGUGCCGUCACUGAACGUGCUUGUACCGUCUGCAUGUAUUCACGUUGAGCCUUCCUCUGUCAGAUGUUAUACAGUUACCAAGAAACACAACACUUAGUUAAAAGUUACCUAAGACAACACUGGCGGACCGAGAAAAGAAAGUGCUUGUGUUCUUAACGAGCCUCUGAUGUGUCAUCUGGAUCCAGUGUAAGCAAGUGUAAUUAAUACCCCCCCUGUUACGGCUAUAAUUACCCAAGAACCCACCGGGAACUCCUAGAAAGUGAUUGCUUAAGUUACUAAGAAUUACUAAGCUUAGCUAAAGGUAUCUAAGAUUCUACAGUUAACUAGGUCUUACUGUGCUUAGUUAAACUUUGUUUGAAAUUGGGCUUAGUUUUGUAAAAAAAAAAAAAAAAAAAAAAAAAAACCCACAAAAAAAACACCACCACCAAGAUGUCUUUGUCAGAAUGUUUAACACAUGGCGAUGAAGCUUUUUUGCACAAGGAUUUCGAAACGGCGUUGUCCUUUUACAACAGUUCCGUGGAUGAGGACAAAGAUGACGUGGAGGCGUACCGGAAGCGAGGCUUCUGCCAUUUUGAAAUGCAGAACUACGCAGACGCACUGAGCGACGCUGCCGCCAUAUUGGAACGGAAGCCACGCCAGACGACCGGUCACAUUUUGAGAGGGAAAUGCUUCACGAGACUAAAACGAUUUGAAGAGGCGUAUUUCGCCUACAAAGAAGGAUUAGAUAUUGAUCCCAAAGACCCCACAAUCGCCAACGACUUGAACCAGCUACAAAAGGAGAUAAUCAGCUUCAGUGAAUCGGCGGACACCCAAGAGUCAUCGUAUGACGCCGUGAAACUGUGUUCACAAGAACCGUACCCCGGUGAUGAGGAACUUGAACGUCUGGAGCAGGAGAUCAUGACCAUGUGGAAACUGGACGAACUGCCUUCCGUUAACCCUAGGGUCCCAAACGAAAAGCUGUCCACUUUAGAAAUGGCCAAGGCCAAAGAAGCAAAAGCAGUGGGUAAUUCAGAAGAAAUAUUGAAAUGUUUGACAUUAGCUUUGGAGUUUAAUGUCGCCAAUCUGUCUUUGUGGAGGGAGAGGGCAGAGUUUCUGAAAGGUCAAGGUGAGCUUCGUGAAGCCUUCAGGACCUGCAACGCCAUACAGAUGCAGCACCGAACGUCCAACGAUUGGAUCUUAGGAGGACAAAUACUCUCGGAUCUUGGUAUCCCGGUGGCCGCAGAGUCUUGGUUCAGGAAAGCAACAGAGUUGAGCGAUUCGUCGGACACCGAGGCGGCCAUGUUGUUUCAGAAGGUCAGGGUCGGUCGUCUGUACGGCCCGCUGACAUCAGAUAGCCCCGUGGAGGUGACCUUCACGAAGUACGGCCGCGCCGUCUGCUGCAAGAGCGCCAUCAGCGCUGGGCAGAUCAUCUUCACAGACAAACCUCUGAUUCUGGCCCAGACGCUGGACUCGCAACACAUCCCAGCCUGCGAUCACUGCGCUACGUCUUUGCUACGUCCGGAGGAUGCCUUUAAAGCCAGCGACUUGCAAAAGGACAAGGAACUGAGCAAGGCGAUUAGCCAGUUCUGGCCAAAACGUCCAAUGAUUCCUUGCCGGAAAUGCAAGACGCAGAAGUACUGCAGCGAGGUUUGCGCAAAGGAGGCUUGGGAGACGUACCACAGAGUUAUCUGCCCCGCCACCAACCCCAGAAUGGAAAGGUUGCACCAGGUCUGUAUCGAGUACAAUGCCCUGAAGUCCGGCAACAAAACUGUCUGGAAUGGAUGGUGGAACGCUUCUUUCUCGCCGAUUCUUAUGGCGCGGAUUUGGGGCUCGAUUGCAUGCGAAGGAAAGCGAUUGGCUGUUGCUGCCGGAAGAGCCAAUCCUAUCGCCGCUGAUUGGUCAAUGGCCCAGGCGCCCUACAGAAGAUUUAUUGCCUAUGGCAACACUAGUAUUGCCGAUACCAUACCCAAGAUGUAUUCCCUGAUGGUGGAUAUCUUUAAAAAUAUCGGCGAUGGAAUGAAGUAUACCAUCACAAAACGUGAAUUUGAUGGUAGAUACUAUCAAUGUGCUUGCAACGUCCAAGCCUUCUCAGACUUUAGAAGUCCCCUGAAGUAUUUCACGGACUACAUCAAAAACAACCCUAAGCUGCAACAUUUACUGCAGUAUGUGCCGCGAGAUCCGCCGGAAGCAGAAUUUGCAGGGUUAUUUCCCUUGCACGCAUGUCUGAACCAUUCGUGCGCCAACAGUGCGGAGAUCAUGGAUGGCGUUAACCAGGGCAAACCCGGAGUCGCUGUUCGGGCCCGACAGGCCAUAAAACCCGGAGAGGAAAUCUUUAUCAACUACAUCGAUACCCGGAUGGCCAGACGUCAGAGGAGAGCGUGGCUUUACCGCGCCUACAACUUCUGGUGCCAUUGUCCCAGAUGUCAGUUUGAGGGCGAUGGACCGGAAGUCUGCACCCAGUGCGGGAAGAAGCACGUGGAUAAUGGCGGCAAGAUGUUCCCGAUGUGCAGUAAGUGCAAGAAGGCUUGGUACUGCAGUCAGAACUGCCAGAAGAUUGCUUGGAAGAAGGGACACAAGAAAAUCUGUUCAAUGUCGCACUCCAGUACAGGGUCGUCUUCAGACGUACUUAUUUCUAUUACGAAAUAAACGUUAUAGCAUCUGGGCCAUUUCAUAUAAAGAUCUUUAAUUUUGUGCCAUCCGGUACACUUCAUUUGUUGCAAAUAAUUUUAAAACUGAAACAAUGAUUCAAUACCUUUGUUUGACACCCAAUAGCCAAUCUCUAUUUUGUGCUAGGGUGUCGUUAAACAUACAUGCAUUCAUUCAAUGAUUCAAACGUGUGUAUUUUAGUAAUGUCCAAAAUGAUGGCCAAUGCUAUUCCAUAUUGUGAACUUGUGUAUAUCUUUUCAUUUCUUUGGUGGAAACACUUGCAAAGGUACGAUGUUUCAUCGUUUAAAGUACUGCCACGUCUUGACAAUUGGAGUGGUAGUACUCAUGACGGGUGCCGCUGGCGGGGCAGGAUAUGCUCACCUUUCGCGAACACCUGAUAUCAUCACUGUUAUGACAGUGAUUCAUGAGUGCGUGACAUUACAGCUGUACUUAUUCCAAUGGGCUCUGUUCUGUGCUACUGCUAAUUUUGAUCUAGUACAUCAGGCUGGCAGUGGCAGUCCUCUAUGGUGAUGCAAGAAGGAUGAACGGAUCUCCAGUAACGGAUCUCCCAGGAGUGGCUGUCCUCCCAUGAAUGAGGCACUAGAUAGAGAUUCAUGGAAUAAACCACUAUUUUGGCACAUGCCCAUUAGACUUGACAUUGUGCAGAGAUACGGCCCUGGGCACAUAUUACAGUUUUGUCGUUCAGAUCUGUAUAUAGGCCUAUACAGCUUUUGAUUUCUACAAUCUUUAGACGUUUUAAAAUUAUUUGCAAUAAACCGAAUGGAUCUACAUCUGUGUUUAUAUGAGGGAAACGCUGACACUUGUUGCUGUGGUUACAGUGUUUGACAAGCGAACAAAGAUAAUCGUGUGUUGAUAUUUGUAUGAUGAAAUGAGAGAGAGAGAGAGAGAGAGAGAGAGAGAGAGAGAGAGAGAGAGAGAGAGAGAGAGAGAGAGAGAGAGAGAGAGAGAAGGGGGAGAGGGAGGAAGGGGCAGAAAGUGUGGGUGUGGGUGUGCCUUUGUUUUGUUUGAGUGCGUUUGUGUGUGUGUGUGAAAUCGUUUGUCCGUCUAUCCAUUCCUUUUCCGACCUAUAUUUCUUCUAUCAUUUACUGCUGAAUCGUAGACAUGUUUCUUCGUCCCAACCAGUGUUCCGAGACUGGUACAUGAAAAGCUAUAGCAUGUACUGUCCUGUUUGGGAACACACACACACACACACACACGCACACAGAGACACACACGUGUGUAUGUGUGUGUAUUGUAUAAAAUCACGUAUCAUGUUAUUCACAAGACCCAUACAAGUGUAUAUUGAGCAUAAUGAAUACAUUUUCAAGGGGUUACAACUGUCUCUUUGCCACUUACGAUCCUAACAAUCUGAUUAAAAUGAACUCUACUGGUUUUUCCGUCAUGAAACGAAAGUUCAACAUUAAAAUUUUAUAUUGAAAUUAGUUUCCGGCAUACUUCGUAAUUCACCCGAAUCAUUUCGUAUACCCUCGAGUAUAAUUCCGAAUGUUUUCAAAUUCUUUUCAAACCACUGGAAUUAUUUUGCAAGUAAGGUUUUGAUUGGUUGAAUAAAAGGUCAACUGGACAUGACCUCCAACGAGAUGCUGUUAGAAGCACAGGUAAUGGUUAUGAACCAGUGGAGCUAAUUUUAAUGAUAUUGUGAUCCUAAUAUUUUAUUUCAAUUAUUCACAGAUUCCCUUUUACACUUGACCUACUCCUGUCCAGAAAAACCAGGGACAGUGGGUCGACAAGAUACAGGAGUGAUCUCUCCCCCCCCCCCCCCCCCCCCACACACGGUCCGAAAUUCUUUCUGUUAUAAAUAUGCUCCUCGAUAUAUUCUUGUUCAGUACUUUCCAAUAAUAAUGUGCAUCCUGUUUAAAGGGAUAUACCCUAGUUUUUUAAACACUAAGGCAUAUUUUUUACUAUUAGAACCGUUUUUAAUAACUGAAAUCAAGACAUCGUUUAGAUUUUAUUGUUUAGA